AUGGGCUACUUUCUGCCAUCGUUCUUUCAGAAGCGGUUGCUCAAGUACGCUCUCUCCCGCGUCGGCCUAGUGGACACCGAGGCGCUGGACCUGGACAACUUGGGCAUCCGCUGGGGCCAAAGAAGCACAGUCGAAUUACGAGACGUCGGGUUAAAAACAGAGAAACUAGCGACGCUUUUGAACCUUCCUUCGUCGUGUGAACUGCUCGGUGCGAGAAUCCAGCUCCUACGAAUAACCAUCCCGGCCGAUAUCUACAGCAGCGGGGUCAUUUGUGAGGCCAGUGGUAUCGAUGUGCAUAUUCGGUUUUCGUCGGACGAGUCGAGUUUAGGGAAACAUGGGAAGGAGAGAGGAACUAAGUCUGCUUCGGCCGCGGUGCCUACAGCAACUGAUCUGGCGCAGUCGUUCCUCGAGUCUGAGCCGAAGGAGGAGCGGGAUGAGUUGAGGGCUGCUAUUUCGUCACAGUCUCAGGUCUUACAGCAUGACCCGUUGGCUUAUGGUGAUGAGGAGGAAGAUGAGCUUGGUCUUGGAAGCGAGACGACGUCGUUGCCGAGCUUCGUUGCUGGCUUCGUUAGGGGUGUGGUGGAUCGGUUACAACUCUCAAUCAAGAAUGUUUCUGUUCGAGUGGAUAUGGAGUUGAAACAGGAUGGGAUGUCUAAAAGGCAGCCAGAGGACAAACCGGACCUCGUUGCGGGCCUGUUAACCGUCAGGGAGAUCGAUGUCUACGGGAUAUCUGAGAACACAGCCAAGCCAGAGGAGGGAAUUCCUUCCCGUAAUGGGAAGCGACUCAUUUCAAUCGUGGACAUAAAUGUUGGGUUGAUUUCGGACCCAAUGGUAUUUUCGAAUUACUCCCGAGCGCCAUCACCAUCACAUCCUUUACUGGAUCAUUCGGACCCAGAACCCCUCUCCAUGACACAAUCAACUAUCUUUGAACCACCGCAAGACCUUUACCGUUCAAAUGUUACUGGACAUGAUUUAGAAGCGUCAACCUUCUCCCACGGCCGUUUUUCAGAUGCGGAUUCCGAGGGAAGUCAUCAUGGCGGAUAUAUCGAAGACUCUCAGGUCUUUGGAGACGACCCAUUCCAAGACAACCCAGGGUAUCUCGAUUCGGUUAUUGACAAUCAAUUCGAUGACUUUGAUGACGGGCAGCCACCAUUUAUACAACAAAGCGAGAAUGAACUAGCACAAAGUGGAAGAAGCGACUCGUCUCCCAACCCAGAACGCAUGAGCCUGAGCUACGAUGCUGAACACUAUUCACAAGCUUCACUUCGACCAGAGAGUCUUCACGUGCGCCAUCUUUACGACUCACAUCAGAGCCAGACUGGCUCCGAGCCUCACGAGGCAGUACAGCCCGUGCACAAUGUAAAUGUUUACGACGACAACGAAUAUAAUGAAAGAUCUCAUAUAAGCGCAGCGCCACAACCUUCUUAUACACCUUCUCCAACCUCAGAGCGUGGCAGUACAGGCUUACAAGACGCUGUUCCCAAUGCUGACCUCAUGGAAUCUAAGUAUUUCUCUCACGAUGAGGCACAAAGCCUCUAUAUGAGUGCAAUCAGCCAAGAACCCAACAGACAAGAGCCAAGUGAGAGUUUCAUGCCAAACAUGCCUGGAGCAUGGGAAUCAUACAACUCUGCAGGAGACCAGAAUAGCGUAUCUGAUUAUCACUCUGUGAAUAUCGAAUCGGAUGAUACGCCGAAAAUCACAGCUCCGUCACAGGAAUACUUUGUCGAUCAGACUCUGGAUCAUCAAGAGCAGACUUUUGUGCACAGAGAUAGGGCAUCGACUCCAUCAUCGCCUGACAUUUACAGAAUCAAUGAAACGAACAAGCCAAUAUUCAGUCUUGACAGAAUCCUAGUCUGGGUACCGUCUACUUUCUCUCCACUCGAGGAAGAAGUUCCCAGCUAUCCUUCACCUACUCCACCAAGACAGAGAGCGGACAGUGACCUGAUAGAUUCUACUGUCAGCUUCCGGGAUUCUGCGGUUGAAGAUAGCCUGGUCGCUUCCAAGACUUAUGCCUCCACCAGGUUUGAGAGACGUUCAAGCGAGUCGCCGGGGUUCGGAAGAGAUGCCCAGACCCCAGAGCCUUACCAGACGAGCUUUAGCAUUAGUCCACAUGAAAUUGCCGUUGAAAUGUUCUCGGUCUCCGUGCACUUUGAUAUCGCAACCGGUUGGCUUUUGACAAAAAUAGGGCAAAAGGUUUUGCAUGCUCUAAGCUUGGCUGGAAAAGCUCCCUCUGAAAAGCAACUGCCCAACGAUCGACCGCCACCCACGCCGCCUUUACAUUUGGUCAUCCAUGAUAUCUCAGUCAAGUUUCUUGAACAUGUCACGGGCUAUGCCCAUUCUUCUGGGGACUCCGGCUCACCUCUACCGCCCUCGUAUAGUAUGGAAGAUGUCAUCCUUCGUGUCACGGCAUCCGAUCUGAAUGGCCGAAUCUCGUCCCAAAACACUACUAUGAAGUUGAAACUUGGUGUUUGGAGAUUUGCGUUCGGAUUUGCUUCUGAAGAUCUCAUCUCUUUCAACGAAACCUUAAAGAUGCGCGAAUCUACUCGUGAUACCGCGGCAUCUUCGGGCGACAUCUCGAUCGCUUUGAUCAAGUCACCAAACUUGGCCAAGGUCGAUAUCUCUACGCUGCCGCUCCAUGUAAAUCUCAAUGUGCAGCGCCUCGAAGAAGUCCUGGGGUGGAUGGGUGGGUUGAGCACCAUUCUUGAGCUCGGAAGCUCUAUCUCAUCGGUGUCCACGGUAAAAGGCGGGCAACCACCUCCGAAGAAGCGUGGUGUACAUUUCGAAACCCCUGCUCUUGCUCCCGAAAAAGUGAAUAGUGAUUCGCCGCUGUGGAAGGUCAACGCUAGAAUUGGUGGGAUUUCACUGGACGUCAUCGGAGAAACGCAUUGUCUCCAACUCACCACCACUGCUGUCAAAAUCGUUAGCAGGUUUGAAGGUAUUGGCAUCCAAAUAGACAAGGCGAAACUGCUCGGACCCCUUCUUCUUGACGACUCAGCGGAUUCCCCGGCCAAGAUCACUUUGAACAACAUUCGCGUUGAAUUCCUCUUUGCACCUAAGGAACCUGAUCUCGAUCGUCUUUUGAAGUUGAUCACCCCGUCAAAGGAUAAAUACGAGGAGGAAGACGAUAUCAUGUUGGAAACUCUGUUGCGACAGCGACGACAAGGCUCUGUUCUUCGUGUCACCGUGGCAGGCGUUAAGGCAGUGAUUUCUGACAUCAGCGGGUUAGAGCCUCUCUCAUCCCUGGGUGUUGAGCUGAGCCGUCUUUCAAAUGUCACCAAGUAUCUACCGGAAGACGACCGUCCUGGGAUUCUUACCCUGGUGUUGCUUCGCGAGUUAGACGGACAUGUACACAUUGGCGGCGACGUUGGGGACAUCAACAUUAAUCUCACCGACGCUGAGGUGGCAAUCAUUACCAUGCCCUCACUUACUGCGGCCCAAGUCGGAACAAUCACAGUGAAGCGGAAUGACGACGAAGUAUUGGUGGGAGAGGCACUGUGGCCACCAAGCAAAUUUGAAGCGGCACUUAAUUCACGACCGCCGGUCCUUAUGGCUCGAUUCAUACCCGAUGAGAUGGACCCCACCUACCGGAUCAAGCUGCACAACCUGCUCGUCGAGUACACAAUACCAUCUGUUACGGCCUUCCUUGGACUUGGCAAUGACAAGACAAGUGGAGACUUGGCCAGUGACAUGGCUAACUCUAUUGCUAAUCUUGCGGAACAUUCUAUGCCAUCGCCAAUGUCGGGGUCACCAAGGAGUGACAAAUCCAAGUCACCUGCAAAGCCACUCAAACUCUCAGUAGUCUUUAGAGAUUGCGUUGUUGGAUUGAACCCUCGCAAUUCUCCUGCCAAGGGUCUUGCUGUUCUCACCAACGCCAAAUUUGUCGGUAGCAUGGAUGGAGAGGAAUCUGCCGAAGCCUCGUUGGAUAUCAGAAAGGCAUCAUUGAUGAUCAUUGAUGAUGUAUCUAACAAUGGAAACGCUGGUAACCUGCAUCAACGUGACUCUGCCGUCUCCCAAAGCAGUCAAUCCCAGGCAUACAUAGACAAUGGCUACGUGCCUGUUUCGUCCAUUUCAUCAGCAACAGCUGGUGUGAAGCUGGCUCGCCUUGGAGAAGGUGGCACCAAGUCUCUGGAUGUUGAGUUGAGAGACGAUCUCUUGAUUCUGGAGACGUGUGCCGAUUCGACUCAGACGCUUAUCAGCAUCAUCAAUGGACUUCAGCCUCCGGCACCACCAAAUAUCAAUGUCAAGUAUCGAACAGAAGUCAUGCCUAUCCAAGACAUGUUUGCUUCGUUUACUGGAGAUGCUUUCGCAGCUGAUUCUCUUCCCGAUAGCGACCAUGAUGACUUGACAACCAUCUCUGAAGAGCCAUACAAGGAAAAUGAGCUGAAUGAUGAGAUUGAAUACGUUAGCGAUUUCUACCCAGUCAAGCGGGACUUUGCUGUUGCAGGUGAAAGUAUGGAGGCGAGUUCACAUGAGCUUCUGGAUAGCUUCCAUUCCCAGUAUUCAGUCUCUUCAAGCAUCGGGGAAUUGGACUUCCAGGAUGAUCAUUUUGCGAAGCAAUCCGCCGUCGGUGGAACUGCGCAUCGAUGGGAUUCUACCCAAAACACAUACGGUCUUUCCAAUGACACCAAGCUCCAACGGAGUCCAUUGCGAGUGAGAGUGCGGGAUGUGCAUGUCAUCUGGAAUCUCUUUGAUGGGUACGACUGGCAACGAACCCGAGAUACAAUCUCCAAGGCUGUCAAAGAUGUGGAGACCAAGGCUACAGAGCGGCGUGCCAGGGGAUCUCGAGUAUCACCUUCGGCAGAAGACGAAGAGGAAUCCGUGAUCGGAGACUUCCUCUUCAACUCGAUUUAUAUUGGCAUUCCUGCGAACAAGGACCCACGGGAACUCCACCGCGAGAUCAAUAACGACAUUGAUGAUUUGACAAGCGAGACUGGCAGUUAUGCGACCUCCACUACCAUCACUGGAGCUUCUAGCCGCCAGGGCCGAGCAACCUCCAAGAGGGAGAAGAAGCUUCGUCUGCACCGGAGCAAGCACCAUAAGAUGACCUUCGAGCUCAAGGGUGUCUGUGCUGAUUUAGUCCUCUUCCCGCCAGACUCAGAGGAAACGCAGAGUUCGCUGGAUGUCCGGAUCAAGGACCUAGAGAUCUACGACCAUGUUCCUACUUCGACGUGGAAGAAGUUCGCCACCUACAUGCACGAGGCCGGAGAGAAAGAGAGUGGUACGAGCAUGGUUCACCUUGAAAUUCUGACUGUGAAGCCAAUUCCAGAGCUAGCUGCGUCUGAAAUCGUCCUAAAAGCCACCGUUCUUCCACUCCGAUUGCAUGUCGACCAAGACGCCCUCGACUUCAUGAGUCGAUUCUUUGAGUUCAGAGAUGAAAGCGCCGAGGAGAACAGCAAACCCGGUGACGUCCCAUUCCUCCAACGAGUCGAAAUCAACGCCGUACAAGUCAAACUAGACUUCAAGCCCAAGCGGGUUGACUACGCCGGCCUCCGAUCCGGCCGUACAACCGAAUUCAUGAACUUCUUCGUGUUAGACGGCGCGGACAUGGUUCUACGACAUGUAAUCAUCUACGGAAUCUCCGGUUUCGACCGAAUGGGCCAAACCCUAAACGACAUCUGGAUGCCAGACGUGAAGCAAAACCAACUCCCCGGCGUUCUAGCCGGCCUCGCCCCAAUCCGGUCCCUGGUUAACGUCGGCAGCGGCGUCCGCGACCUAGUCGUGGUCCCUAUGCGCGAAUAUAAAAAAGAUGGCCGGAUAGUCCGCAGUUUCCAGAAGGGCGCACUAGCCUUCGCCAAGACAACCUCCAACGAGCUAGUCAAGCUCGGCGCCAAACUAGCCAUCGGCACCCAGACCGUCCUCCAAGGCGCUGAAGACCUCCUCACGACCCCAUCCGCCCUACCCGAAGACGACAACGCAGACGAAGACGAAGCCAAGAAGAUCUCUCUGUACGCGGAUCAACCGGUCGGAGUGGUCCAAGGUCUACGCGGAGCAUUCAGCGGACUAGAGCGCGAUCUCCUUUUAGCACGCGACGCCAUCGUCGCCGUACCAGGCGAAGUAGUCGAAAGCGGCAGUGCAAAGGCAGCAGCAAAGGCUGUGUGGAAACGGGCGCCGACUGUCAUCCUCAGACCGGCAAUUGGCGUUUCGAAGGCUGUGGGACAGACUCUGCUUGGUGCGGGCAAUACUUUGGAUCCGAGUAAUCGGCGCAAAAUGGAAGAUGUGAGUGGUUUCACGAACACCCGACUGUCCCGACUGGUCCCGACUCCGGGGCUGCAAGUCGUGGAAGUAUAA